AUGAACGAGAAUCAAGGAUCAGAACCAAUUCCGAUGAAAGUAGUAUGGGGAAGAAACGUCGACGAAGCGAUGAUUCAAUUGAAGGAAUGCCUUAAGAAAUACCCAUUGAUCGCAUUCGACACAGAGUUUCCUGGGGUUAUUCACCACACUCACAUCGAUUCAUCGGACGACGAGUGGUACAGAGCCCUGAAAGCUAACGUCGAAUCAACGAAGGUUAUACAGUGUGGCUUCACUCUGUUCAACGCCGUGGGACAGAUCGGAGGUACUUGGGAGAUCAACUUCUCCAAUUUCGGAGAUCCAUGGGAUACACGCAACGAGACGUCGAUCGAGUUUCUGAGAAGACAUGGUUUGGAUUUGAACAAGAUUAGAAACGAAGGAAUCGAUAUGUUCGGGUAUGGGUUUUUCCCUAAGCUUUUGAAUGCGUUUCGAUCUCAGAAACAUGUCGAAUUCGUUACUUUUCAAGGAGCUUAUGACUUUGCAUACUUCCUGAGCAUACUCAACAACGGGAAGCUACCGGAGACUCGAGGAGAAUUCGCAUUGGAGGUUGUUAAAGUUUUCGGUGAAGUUUAUGAUUUGAAGGUCAUGGCUGGAUUCUGUGAAGGGCUAGGUGAACAUCUCGGGUUAAGUAAACUAGCUCAGCUUCUCAAUAUCGCGCGCGUCGGAAGAGCGCAUCACGCUGGUUCAGACAGUUUAAUGACUGCUCUUGUCUUCAUCAAGCUCAAACAAGUCUAUGAAGAUUCUAAGUUUGCUAAAGGAAUGCUCUAUGGAAUCGGGAAAAGAAACCUCGUUACCGCGAAUGAGCUGCUGCUUUCCUCGGGUGGUUCUAUUCCAUUGAUGUGUCAGCAGAAUCUCGUUUCGUAUCCUUCUUCAAAUCUGAUGUACCAGAAUGGAUAUGUACCAAGCUAUGAUCAGCUUCCGGUUUACUACUUGGGUCCUUCAGGUCUUCCAUGGAUGCACUAUAAUGGUAUGUAUGUGAAUCAGCUUAAUCAUCUACCUUUAAGCACAUUCGCAUACUCGUCUGAGACACCAUAUGCAGCUGCUGCUGCUGGAGCUGGUUACCUUGGACCAACUCCGAACUAUUACAAUAAUAAUAAUGCUUGCUUCGUAGUUGAGUAG